AUGACAAUAGACGAAGGUAGUGAUGACGGUCACCGGUCUUCUCGAGCACUUCGCUUAGGUGCCUUUGUCACUUCGUCACUGGUGUCGGUGUUGCAAGCAUUCAGACACACCAACAGCGCAAGGAAGCCCCGUGACCGUUGUGCAGAGGCGUUGUUUUGCUUCAUCGCUCUGUACAGUAAUACCAUCUUAUUGAUAUAUGAGGAGCGACAUAGUCCAGACCGAACUCGGACCGUUGUGAGAUUCAUGGCUGACCGCAGUGCGGCUAUACGGCGGCGCAGGCGGGAGGCAAGAAGCAUUCGGCGCCUCCGCCGUCAAGAUAUGCGAUCUAAUCGAUUCGAGCCAAUCAUGCGUAACACAGUCAUCGCGUCGGAAAUCCUAUUGGCUGGCGAGCAUGUGGUUGAGCCGUGGCAGAGUCAUAUUGAACCGCUCGACCUCGUGGGUGGGACGCUCGCUCUCUCAGGUCGCCUCCGGAAGAUUGACCGGAACCGGAAACGCAAAGAGAUGGCCUCGAGGCGCUUUCCUGCCGCUCGUCCUUGCUAG